ACACCAUCCCGUCUUUUCCCAAACCUCCAAAACUCACCAUAUUAAAAUGCGUAUUUUUUCUACCAUCAGCACCUUGCUGCUGUCUGUCUCAACAGUAAUCGCAGCUUCAGUUGAUGACGUCUACAACGACAUUACCUCUCUUGAUCACGAUGUCCAAGACCUGACAUCGAUGGUCCGCAGCUAUCAAGGCGGCCUUCUCGCACAAGGGCCCCUUCUCCUCCAAUUAACCAAAGUCCACAUCGCGACUCGCAAGGGUGGCUUUGACGCAUCGACUCUCCCUACCACUCUGCUCUCGGAAAGCGAUGCCAUAAGACUUAUCGACCACGUCAACACAACGCUCUCGGUCGACAACCCUAUUGCAGUCAACGUUCUCAAGUCGAAGAAGGCAUUGUUCGAUGCGAGCGGAACGGAUCCAUUCAUCAAGGCUGGUCUGCAGAUCCUGCUUGAUGAUCACUUGUACUUCAGCAACGAGAUCUUGGAGAGAACACCCCAGGAUUUGAUUGCAGAGGCCAACGAGGUUGUGGAUGUAAUCAGCAAUGCUCUGCAAGGUGGCAUCGCAGCUUUUUCGUAGACAGUCAAGUCUUGCCAUGCUCGGGCGUCGAGAAUGAGACAUCCCUACUCUUCAUAUCCCCAUGUAUAUCUCAGGACCU